AUGAGUGGGGCACCAAAUGGGCGUAGUGCCAAAGCGAUGAGCCAAGUUUGGGAAGAUGGCAUGCGAAAGCUCGCCAGGGGAGCUGAAGAAAAGUGGUUUGUGAACGUAGAGAAGUUUGCUGGAAGACAGCCUGUUGCAGCUGUGCCAGAGCACUUGGCAAGACCGCCAAGUCCGACCGAGAGACCGCCAUGUCCGACCGAUAGACCGCCACGUCUGACCGAGAGAACACCACGUCCGACCGAGAGACUGCCACGACUGACCAAGAGAACACCACGUCUGACCGAGAGACCGCCAAGUCCGACCGAGAGACCGCCAUGUCCAACCAAGAGAAUACCACGUCUGACCGAGAGACCGCCACGUCCAACCGAGAGAAUACCACGUCUGACCAAGAGAUCGCCAUGUCCGAACGAGACACCGCCACGUCUGACCGAGAGACCGCCAUGUCCGACCGAGAGACCGUCACGUCUGACCGAGAGAACACCACGUCUGACCGAGCGACCGCCACGUCCGACCGAGAGACCGCCACAUCCGACUGAGAGAUCGCCACGUCCAACCGAGAGACCGCCACAUCCGACCGAGAGAACACCACGUCCAACCGAGAGAACACCACGUCCGACCGAGAGACCGCCACAUCUGACCGAGAGAUCGCCACCGUCCGACCGAGAGAACACCAUGUCCGACCAAGAGAACACUAAGUCCAGCCGGUGA